AUGGCGGCGGGCGCGUCGGACCCACUGGAGGAGAUGCUGCUCUUCUCCGAGGAGGUGGACGAGAAGGCGCUCAGCGACCUGGUGGGAUCCCUGGAAUCGCAGCUGGCUGGCGGCCGCGGCCCCGCCGAGCCGCCCCCGCCCAGGACCUCCGCCCCGUCCCAGCAGCCGCAGCAGGGGAGCCUGGCGGGGGGCAGCAGCCCCGGCCGGCAGCAGCACGGCCGCCCCGCGCCCCCUCCCGCGCCCGGGGCAGGGGAGGCGGCAGGGCGCCCCGACAGCGCGGGGAGUCGAGCCCCCGCCCAGGGGCCUCUCCCGUCCCCAUCUCCCCCGGCGGCGGCGGCAGCGGCGGCGGGGAGGGGAGCGAGUGCGGGCGCUGCCCUGCCCGCCGCCCCCCAGGCCGUGUCGCCGCGGCCGGCGCUGGGCGCUGCCCCCCGGAUCGUAGCCCCGCAGCUGAUCGUGCGGCCGCCGCCGCAGACCACCAUCCAGCUGCCGCCCGGCUUCACCAUCCCGCCCGGGAUGGUCCUGGUGCGCACGGACGCCGGGCAGCUCGUGAUGGUGCCCCAGCAGGCUCUGGCACAGGCUCAGAUGCAGGCCCAGGUGCAGACACAGGGACAGGGUCCUGCCAACAUGUCACCCAGGCUUUCUGUGCCCACAACUGGCCCUGUUUUUCGCCUGUCAACAGCUCAGCAGCCAACGUCCGUGGCCACCUCCAGCGUCCGCCUGGGCCUCCCUGUGCAAGCCAAGGUGGUGCCAUCCACAGCGGCGCCCGCCAGCGCCACGGCCACGCUGCCAGGAGGGGCUGUGCUGUCACACACCACGGUAUCAGUAGCUACGACAAGCGCUCAAAAUUUGUUCAAGACGACGGUAGCAAGUGGAACUUCAGCUCCCCAGCAGGCUGCAGUGCUCAGCAGCGCCCAGAGCCAGGGCUCGGGGCAGCCCCCGGGGCAGCCUCGGCUGCCGCUGCCCCCUCACACGGCAGCGCAGGUGCCAGCGCAGCCCCUGGUCAUCCCCAGCUCGCCUGUGCCCGGAACCACCGUGGUGUCACAGGAAAUGCAAGAGAAUGUGAAAAAAUGUAAAAACUUUUUAGCUACCCUUAUAAAACUUGCUUCUCAUAAUUCACCAUCUCCUGAAACGUCCCGCAAUGUGAAAGCUCUGGUUCAAGAUUUGUUGGAUGCAAAGAUUGAUCCAGAAGAAUUUACAGGCCGCCUUCAAACAGAGCUCAAAUCAUCUCCUCAGCCAUAUCUUGUACCUUUCCUUAAGAAAAGUCUACCUGCACUGAGACAAUCUUUACUGAAUAGUCAGCAUUUGGUUUUGCAAGGACAGCCGUCUCAGCAGUCACUCCAACAGACCAAGCUCUCUCAAGUUAUACCUCAGUCUGCCUCGGGAAGCAUCUCCUCUGUUGUCACAACACAGACAAUAGGAAUAAGGCAACCAAACAACAUUUGCACAGUCUCUGUAUCAAAUACAGUGCAGCCUCCUCAGGUUAAGGUGGUACAGUCAAAUCAGAGUUCUCAACUGCAGAUUAUCCAGUCAACAUCUGCUCAAACUGUGAAACGAACCCCUGCUUGCCAGACUACCCAGAUUAGGAUGCCAGUGGUAAUAACUCAGACCAUUAGACCACAAGGCACAGUAGGGAAGGCACCAACAAUACAAGCCAGUAAAAGUCCUGGGGGCUUUGGUGUUCAGGUCUCUGCAAAUCAGAAAAACAAGCUGAAUGACCCUGGAGGUGGUUCUUUCAGAGAUGACGACGACAUCAAUGAUGUUGCCUCUAUGGCUGGUGUUAAUCUUAGUGAAGAAAGUGCCCGAAUUAUGGCUACCAACUCUGACUUGGUUGGCACCCAGAUCCAGUCCUGUAAAGAUGAACCCUUUCUUGCUGCUAUACCUCUCCAUAAACGCAUACUUGAAACGGCUAAAAAACUAGGAAUUACUGAUGUGCCAGCUGAGGUCGUUACUUUUAUUUCCCAUGCAACACAGAGCAGAUUAAGGACAGUGAUAGAGAAGGUGACAGUGAUAACCCAGCACCGGAUGGAGUCAUACAAAGAUGAUGAGUGGUACGAACAAGCCACAGAUGUCCGAUCCCAGCUGAAGUUCUUUGAGCAGUUGGAGCGUUUGGAAAAGCAAAGGAAAGAUGAACAAGAGAGGGAGAUUUUGCUAAAGGCUGCCAAGAGUCGCUCAAGGCAAGAAGACCCAGAGCAAGCUAGACUGAAACAAAAAGCAAAGGAGAUGCAGCAGCAGGAGCUGGCCCAGAUGAGGCAGAGGGAUGCCAACCUGACGGCGCUGGCAGCCAUCGGCCCCCGCAAGAAACGGAAGCUGGAUGCUCCUGGCCUGCUCACCAUAGGAGGAGAGGGCGUGGGGGUGUGCGGGGGCAGCCAGGCCGGGCUGGGCACGGCCUCCCCCCGGCAGUACCCCCGGCAGAAAAUCACACGAGUCAACCUCAGGGACUUCAUCUUCUUCAUGGAACAGGAGCGGGACAUGAGCCAUUCUCUCCUGCUCUACCGAGCUCUGCUUAAAUAAAGCCAACAGUCCUACCGAGUGCUCCACAGAAGCUCAACUUGCUUUGAAAGCUGUCAUUUUAAUGUGCCUUCUAUUUUUUUCAGAAGUCAAUGUUCCAGUAAUUUUGUUUUGUAAAAUUGUCAGACACAUGCAAUAAAUUCCCUUUAUGUAAAAACAUAUAUAUAUAUAUAUAUAUAUAUAUAUAUAAAAAUAUAUAUAUAUAUAUAUAUAAACCACAAAAAAAAUGUGCAAAAGGUUUUAAAAUGUUAACUCCACAAAUAAAAUCAACAUCAAGGUCUUGCUCCAUCUGGCCAUUUUAGGUAAGGCUGAAGUAGCUGGUGUUGAAGUUACACAAAUGCAAUGGCUGACCUAAACCAUCUCCUGGCCAGGCCUGGGACAGGUUCACAGGAGUGGGUCCCAGCCUUGGUGUUCACCUGAGUGUUCACUCCUGGUGCUGGGCUUGUUUUGUUUCCAGUUUACUAGCACUGUCUCACUAACCAUGGUGAUACCUGUUGCUAUUUAACUUAGUUGUAAUGGCAAUUUUUUGCACAGCCAAGAGACUAGCCACUGCACACUCCCACAAAUUUGAUAUAUUUAGGACUUUUGCUUUUACUGCACAGCUCAUUUCUUGAGCCUUUUGCUGAACCAAAUCUUAAGUGUAUGAAAUCUGUGUGCAGGCUCUCAGCUGAGUUACCUUGACUUGCUUCCAGUUGUUUUCUAAAUCUCAUCAACCUUUUGCGCAUUUGUAGCAGCUGGUUAGUAACAAGAUUCAAAGUUGGGUUUUAUUUUCUAAAAAAUGUUAAUUUAUUUAUUGCAAAUAGUAUGGUUUAAUGGUGGUUUUAAAAGAGAAUAUUGUUGGGUAAAGAUUUUAGAGUAUUCUAUAUGGAUUUUUAAAGUCGCUGUAAAGGUUUUCGGGGGCCGCGUCCACUCCCGGAGUGGGGAGAGCGGUGAGCCCAGCGGCACCUGGAGCGAGGACACCUCUGCCUUGGACACCGCGCCACGGCUCCUGAGCAGGCUUUGAGCAUGAGGAGCAGCUGUAAGUACCUAAAG